AUGACGACACAACAUUCUUCACGGCGAUCUCGCAAGUUAAGACGUAGAUUCUCGUCUACUGGCAGUGCAUGGUCUGCCGGAUCUCCGAAGUCUAUGGCAUCUGCCCCUUCUCCAAUACGAACACAGAGCAGGAAAACAUCUUUGAGCCCUGCCACCUCCAUAAGGGAACCAGCACGUCACCUCUAUCAGAGACCACAUUUCACAGACGGAUCAGACUUCGAAGAUUACCUUUCUGUAGACAUCAACGGGCGGAGGACUCGGGGAAGGUCCAUAUCACCUACGCGAAGUAUAUUUGAGCAAAGAGUACCUCCCACUGCAUAUGCUUCUCUGCCGCCUACACCGAUUCAGCCUUCUCGUCCAUUCUCCCCUUCAACGCCAAUUUCUCCUCUCCCAGACUCACACACGUAUGAAGCUCCACCUUCGGCACCCGAAACAUAUAAUGUUCCUUUUUCUUUGUGGGAUUAUCUACGGGAAGAGCUAUUGGCAACAGAUUUCGAUUCUCACCAGGAACUGAAAUGGGAGAGAGUUAGCAACUUUUUACAGAUGCCUGUAGCUAUGGAAAAGAUCAUUGGAUUUGGUUUCAUUCUUUGCUUCGAUUCAUUUUUGUACACUUUCACCAUUCUUCCCAUUCGAUUCGUGUUGGCCCUCUUUCCGUUUAUCACCAACACCUGGCGAAGAUCUGCGCGCCCUUUACCCCCGUCACAAAAAGCAGACCUUCUUAGAGCGCUCCUCCUUGUUAUUGCCCUCUUCAUUUUGAACCCACUCACAGAUGCCAGUAAAAUCUACCAUACAAUACGAGGGCAAGAUACCAUUAAACUUUACGUGAUAUUUAAUGCCUUGGAGAUUGGAGAUCGACUAUGCGCAUCUAUUGGACAAGAUAUUUUGGACUGUCUUUUUUCCCGUUCAACUCUGGAACCAUUGUCUCGUCGCAUUCCUGUCUCAACUCAUACUUUUCGCCCCUUUUUGUUCUUUUUCCUUGCAUUGGCAUACACUGUUGCCCACGCACUUGUCAUGGUUUAUCAGCUAAUCUCACUCAACGUGGCCAUCAACUCAUAUGACCAUGCCCUUCUCACUCUUUUGGUAUCUAAUCAGUUCGUCGAAAUCAAAGGAAGCGUGUUUAAGAAAUUUGAGAAAGACAGCCUUUUUCAGAUCACUUGUGCAGACAUCGUGGAAAGGUUCACCCUAACAUUGAUGCUGUUCAUAGUGGCAUUCCGAAACCUGAUUGAGCUUAGUGGGACAGAAUUUGACUUCACCGGAGGCUUCGUCCUUCCAAAGAGCUUUGGAUGGGUUCGGGGCAAUAACGUACUUUGGACAAUUUCAUAUCCUGUCGUGACUGUAUUAGCCUCGGAGAUGGUCGUAGAUUGGUUAAAGCACGCGUUCAUAACUAAAUUCAACCACAUUCGGCCUUCCGUUUACGAACGUUACAUUGACGUACUCUGCCGAGAUCUCUCAAGCAUGAGUGGCCUGGGACGUCGUAGUGCAAGAAAACAUUCCUAUGUUGACCAAUCGCCGCUUGUUGCUCGUAGAUUAGGAUUCGCCUCAUUACCUCUUGCUGUUCUAGCUAUCUUGGUUGGAUCACAGUCGAUAGGUCUCAUGUUCUCCUCUAGCUCAGAUUUUGCUUCUCCCUGGACAUGGACUAUACGAUCUCUAAGCAAUGCGGAAAUUAUGCAUUACGCAACAUGGGCAGUCAUGGGCCUUUUGUUCUGGAUAUGCUUUGUGGGCAUUAAACUUAUCAUGGGAGCCAACCUUGUAAGUUAUGCCAAUCGACGUCGCGCGGGCAUGGAAGAACGCGAAGCAGGAGACGUUGUCAAUGAUUUUGGUCGUGAUCCAAUUGGAGAAGGGAAAGAAGAGCAGUUGUAUAACAAAAAAUUGAAGACUUUAUUGGAUAACGACCGCGAUGAUGUCCCGCAUACAUCUGAAAUGGGCGAAAAUGCCCCCGGAGAACACGGGAAGAAAAAAGGGAGAGUCAAGCUUGAAGAUCUCACGCGUUACACCAUGGUGAAACGGAUCUGGUAG